ACUACUACCAUCUGUGAUUGCGAUUUUCACGUGCCCUGUUUCUUUCCUUCUUCAUUUGUCUCUUCAAAUUAUCUUUAAAACGACUUAUUCUUCUUCUUCGCUCUCUUCCUCCCGCACCUUCUGAUCAUCCGCUCCAAGAAUCCCAAAGAAGAUAAUGGAAAGUUCUAAGAAGCAAGCCGCGGGUUCCGCUUCGUCGCUCACGGAUUAUCUUUUCGGUGCAAAGGGUUCAUCCCAGCCGUCAAACUCUUCUGGGAUUUUCUCCUCAAUCUUCCCGCCUCCAUCCGCGGCUGGGGGAAGAAAGUCUCCAACUUCUGACCUUAUGGGAUCUCUUGAGAAUCACUCAUCUGCAGGUCAGGCAUGGAAAAAAGGACUUCCUGGAUUUCAGGAUAGAGUGGAACCGUGCCCAUUGAGUUCAUCGCUUUACUAUGGUGCGCAAGAGGACAUGUAUAUCAAGUCAUCUGGACCAUUGCCUAAUUACAACAAAAAGGAGGAUGACCCCAAUGGAAACAACUUUAGUGCCCCUGGGAAUUUGUGGGAUGGGUCAGUUUAUUAUUAAGACACUGUUCUGCCAUGAAUACGCAAAUUCCUAAUAUUAUCAAAGGAAUUCUUCACGCCUCGGAACAGAAUGGUUUAAAUUCAAGGAAGAUAAUUUAUUAGUUGUGAACAGGCUCUUGUGAUCAUGAACUUCAGAAGUUUUAUCCCCGGUCCCGGUUCACUUGAUUACAUUUUAGUAUAACUUAAACUAGUAUUGCACUCUUAAAAUUAUAUCAAGCUCUGAGAAAAAGAGUUCGUUUUUGUUGAA